AUGGAAAUUCCCCUGUCUGAGCUUUCUCCGACGUCAGCGAAGGUGGAGCCGAAAAGCUCACCUAUACCAUCGAAUGCCUCCAUCGAGAACCAGAACGGGACACAAAGUGGGCUACCAGAGCAAAUGGCACCAUCGUAUAAGCUGGAACUCGAAAGAACACCAGAACUCUUUCAACAGGCCAUUUUGGGUCCGGAAGAUGCUACGUCUAAACCACAAGCCAUGGAAGUGGAUAAUGAACUGCUGAUGAGGCUGUCUGCUGAUGAGGUAAAAAUCCUCGAGAAAACGGAUUUGACUACUGCGGCUCCAAAGAGCACAAGGAUUAUAGUUAAUGCCGGCUUCAAUGGGAGUGAUCACAUCUCACAGUUCAAGAGUGAUCUAAAGCUACGAGGUGAGGAAAAGAUCACAGAACAAUCGCUUGAUGAGGAAGUGCCCCAGGGAAAUUUUGACUACGUUACCAUCUGCAUUGAAUACGAUCAAAACUUUACGAAAAACCUAAAAAGCUUGGGUGAACUUUUCAAGAAAGACUUCGUCAAGGACGCCAAGAAAGUUACCUAUCACAUAGACUUUGAUAGUACAAAGAAAUGGGCUUCCAUAUCUGGCGAUGAAAAAGAGCAGUACGUGGAGUUUAUUGAAGACUUGAGCCAAGCGGCCGCUGCGAAGGUGACCCAUUGCUCCCUUAUUCACAAGUAUGAUCCAGACACAGUAUUCGUCACCGAAAAGGACCAGUUGGCGGAGCUUGGGCAAGAAAUCCUGGGUGAUAUCAAUAAGUGGACCAAUCUUAAAAUAUUUGACUACGGGUUGAAUUGUUUGCGUUUCUUUCCUGGUGUUAGGUUCCCAGACAGCCUCGAGGUUAUGCAUGUUGGAGGCGGGAACUCCCUAGAAACACUUGCAGGAUUCAAAAUUCCUUCCAGCCUUAAGGUGCUUGAUGCAUCAAGAAGUCUUCUCUCAACUAUCGACUACAUUUCAUUACCACCGACCACUGAGCAUCUUCUUCUUUCGGACAACAGAAUCUACUUUUUGAAUUAUGCCGAGUUUCCAGUCCGCCUUCAAUCGUUGGAUCUUUCAAACAAUCGCAUUGACCUGUUGAAGAACAUUAAUUUCCCAAAACAUCUUCGUUAUUUGUCAGUCUCCAACAAUCCAAUCGAAUGUAUUAAGGGUGUUCGUUUCCCUGAAAGCAUCGAGCACCUUGACCUUUCUUGCAUACCAAAUGAGUCAAUGACAGGCAUUAAAUUCCCAGAUCUGACUAUAUCGCUCAAUCUUCAACAGUCAAUGACAAACACCAGAGGAUUGAAGAUACCUCCAUUAGUGAGAGACCUCAAUAUGUCUGGGAAUGGUGUCAACAGCAUAAACCCAUUGAAACUUCCCAACUCAAUCGAAAGUCUUUUCUUGACAAAUAACAACAUCAAGACACUCAACAAGGUUGCAUUCCCUAGCUGCUUAAAGGAGCUUUAUUUGGGGAACAACAUGAUCACAACGCUCAAAAACGUCCAGUUCCCUCCCACACUAGAAAUCUUAGAUCUAGAGAUGGACCCCCAUCUAGAAGAGAACGAGAAGUUCAUCACGUCCAUCAAAGAUGUCAUUUUUUCUGCUCACCUAAAGGUACUUAAUCUCGGAUAUCAUCUGAUCAAGACUAUCGAGUCCAUGGAUUUCCCAUAUUCUUUGGAGGAGCUUAAAUUACAGUACAACGACUUACGGGUUUUCAGAAACGUUCGCUUUGGACCUAACCUUCGAAUCCUUGACCUCAGUGGAAACCAGGAUCUCUAUAACAUGGAUGGAGUGGUGCUUCCAAACUCACUAAAAGAAUUCAGAGUACCAUCAGUGCUUCUAAACAACCUACCUUACGGACUAGUAGAAAGGGUUAACAAAGGAGAAGUGAAGCUUACGAAGUCAAUGCCAUAUACGAUAUGA